CCCAAACUGGUUUGCAUACAAAGCCUUCGCAUUUCUUCACAACAGAUAUCAGCAGUAAGCUUCUGACGCACGAGCGCGAGUAAUGCGGACGCGCCUUUACGGUAAUGCAGUUUACGGACGUCCGCUCGACUUCGGCACGUUGCUAUGGAUUCUUACAGGCUCUAUCGGGUAGGGGGGGGGGCAUUCAGAAGUUGUGAUUACAAACUUGACGUCUGAGCAAUUCGUGACUUCCUUUACUGACCGCCCUAGAGCGUUCAGCAUAGAAGAGUGAAUUCUUUUUUCGAAAUAUUUGUUCCCUCUGUUAUUGACAUUUGACAGGUUUUCUUCUUUUGCCAUAAAUCUAGGGAUGACGGGGGAAAUUCCUCGUUUCCUUCCAUGUCCCUGCCCACGCUCCUUAUGCUGGUGCCUGAGUCAGCUACGUAGGAGAGAGACGUUCAUGCCCACCCAGACAAUGCUCCUCCUGCCUUGUUGCAGCAAGCCGCCGCAAUGGAGUGCAGUGUCUGUUCAGCUUUAUCAGCAAACCGGCGCCAUUUUACGAAACCCUAAGGCUCGCAGCCUACUACGAUAUGACGUCAUGUCAUUUUGGAGGAACCUGCUUUAUUCUUCUUCAGUGCAGAACAGUUACCUGCUCAAUGAAAGGCGGUAGAGAUAGGGAACGAAGGUUAGAAAGGAGAUGAGACAAUUUCCUAUCAUCUUGCCUCCUCGCCUGUGAGAGAGCGGCGAUCUUAGGCUCAGGCUUCAGGUUCUUGUCCUCUCUCUAUACACUUCUUCCCCACGCGGCUCAUUCUUCUGUGCUAACGACAGAGGCAGCUGCUUCUUCAAAAACUUUAUAAUUAUCUGCGAAGCUACACGGCGUCACAUACCAUAUAACCGUAAUCCUUGUACGUACAGCCCUGAGAACCUCAGAUCUCAUGUUCAUCACCGUAUUCGCAAGACCACAGUUCUGACCCCAUCCUGAGCCAGCUGAAUCUAAUACACACCAUGACGAUCAAUAUCUUAAAAUCAUUUGAGGAAUGAUUUUUCACUUGCUCCAUGACUCGGAUUAGCUCAGUCGGUAUAGUUAGUAGGCUACCGUAUCGACGAACGGAGGAUCUCGAUUCGAUUCCCGGGUUGGGGCAAGGAAUCUUUCUCUUCACGACGUUCAGAUCUCCUGUAAGAGAGACAAACCUCCCUGUGCAAUGGGCGCCGUUGCGAUUUCCCCGAAGGUAAGUGACCGCAGCGUGGACCUAGAGGAGCUACACCUCCACUUUUCCACACCUCUUCAUAGCGUGGUGCUCAAUUAAGUAAAGGUCAUAACGUAUAUUUACUCGUGGGGCCCAAGUGGUCUCCCCCUUCAGGUUUCACACUAUCUUUUAGGCGUCUCUAAAUUUUCUAAUGCGUGUUACAUGUUCCGCCCACAAUUUAAUCGUGCUGUUGUGAAUGCGGUAAUUAAUUUUCGAGUUCCACUUUGUUGACUGAUCGACUAUCAGCCUCUGAAGAAAGAGAUAUGAUUCCAUCGAGAAGGCGAAGGUGAGUUAAUUACCUAGGAAUUAUUUGAAUUUGCGUUGAUUAUCUUAAUAUAAAUCCGCUAUUUCGCAAGUUUCUGUUUGGAAAUUGAAGCGCGCUUUGUGAUGGGUGUCUGUGUUUUAAGUUUUACAAGAUAGAUGGAGUGACACUAGACAUCUGCCGAAUGUAUUAGAAAUUUCGCUCAUAGAUGGACAACCUUCUCAACCUUCCUCCCUGAUUCCAAGUAUCACUCUGUCAAAUAAUUACAAGUGUCGCCGGUAGAGCGUGAUACGAGUACCAAAUUACGCGAAGUAUCACAGAUAGGUAAUUAUUUAUUUGAGAGAUGAGUCAUGGAAGGCAAUACUCGUACUAAUUACAUAAAUAAAUGGCUUAAUUAUGAUUAUAGACCAAACCCGGGAUCGAACCCGGGCCGCCGCGUUGGGAAGCCAGCGACUAACUGCUUGAGCUAUGGCGCGACCUUUUCAAAACCACAGGUACCUUUCGAUAACUUUAGCAACCAAAAUAAUCUAUGGUUCAUUCGACUGUGCACAUCGAUUGCUGACAUAUAACAUGGCGGAAUUUAUAACAUGAUUUUGAGUAUCGUACUUGUGUUAAAUUACGGCUACAAAAUGUUAUUACACAGUGGAGUUUAGGAAAAACAUAUUUCAAAUUUCAGAUGCAUUUGUUAAUAGUUUGAAACUUGCGCCAUAUGACUGUAAAAGAAACGUCGUAAUUCGAUUCAUAAAUGUAUUAUAAAUUUCAUCCUGUGAGUGGUAUGAUAUAACCAAUACGCGUCACGUGCUAGAAGAAAUGGUCAAGUUUUGAACACGAGAUUUAUUUUAAUAUUUUACUAUGUUAAUUUACAAUUACGAUAAUGUUUGUGGUGCAGUUCUAUUUAACAAGAAUGUGACUUGAAUUUUAAAUCAUCCUUUCACCGGAGAGACGGUAGUGCCCUGUGGUUCUAUUUAAGAUUUUCUGCGCCUGGGAAUGGAUUCAUUAUACAGCACCCUUCAUGCGGGUGUGCUACACGUCGGAUCCCAGCUUCACGAGAUGCUCCACCGAGGCAGUGCAGCAAGUCUUCAGCAACAUUCAGAAAGGUUUUCCCGGAACAGGGAUAGAACCCGUGGACCCCCUGAACAUCCCGGAGAUCAAAUUGCUUCAGGGAGCGGACGGCCCGAUCACUCUGAACGCCUCCAUGGUGAAUGUGACAGUAACGGGGUUGUCCAACGUGAAGAUCGAAUCCAACAACGUGAACCUUGAGGACUACGGCUUCACGACUCGGUUGAAGAUCCCCAAGCUCCGGAUUGAGGGGCUGUACACAGUGAACGGCAGGAUCCUGGUGUUGCCGCUCACAGGACACGGCGACGCUUGGCUGGAACCUGAGGAUCUGAACGUGAUGGCGCAUGUGGAAGUGUCCAUGAGGGUUGUGGACGACAUCAAAUUCUUCAAGCCGGAGGGAGUUCAUGUUAACUUUACUAUUGGGAGCCUCAGACUCAGACUGGACAAUCUCUUCAAUGGUCUCAAGGCACUGGAGGAGAGGACGAAUGAUUAUAUCAACAUCAACUGGCGCCCUGUUGUGGAGUCCCUGAAGCCCAUCCUAUCACGCAUUGUGGCUGGUUUCCUGAGUGGCAUCCUCACAAACGUGUUCGAAAAUAUUCCGGCCAAGUACUUCAUCGGGGACCUGAGCUAGUGACCACAGAGUUCCACAGUCUUCCACAGUCUCCUGCCAUUCGUCACUCAAUGAAAUUUGUUUAAAUUAGAAUUCAUGAAGUUCCACCAUACUGCACCUCUGUCAGGAGUAAUCACUUCUGUCUUGUUCCUGAAAAUGUCUGAGUAAGCUCAGAGUGGUCAAUUUAUGACACGUCUCCCUUUUCAGCUGAAUUUACAGUCUUCACUUAAACAAAAUUAAUUGUUUUAAUCAUCUUUACUCCUCUACACGGUCUGGACAGUGAGAAUAAGAAUAAAGUUGUGUCAGGACUUUGUGAAGUCAGCUCCCUGUUCCCAUUUAAAUACAAAUGUUAACACAAUUUUGCUGAAGCUGACUUGCCGGUUGCGCUUAACUCAUGCAAGCAUCAUAAUCUGUAGGUUCCGUUUUAAGUAGCUUUAAGUUCCAUGUUGCCUCAACUCUUGCUGCCCUCUGUUUUUAUGUAUAUCUCAAUAUUUAUAGUGGUUCAUAUCAGACUGUACACCCACACACAGUACUGAGCAUCAUGGCUACCCUGCUGACUAUACUUAAAGUGCUGGGUUUGUCUUUCUUAACUGUUAACCUCAGAAGACAAUAUUGCCAAUGAAUGUCAUUGAUUUCAUAAGAUUCUGAUAAAGUCAGUGAUACCGAAAGUUUAAUUAAUACAAUAACAUAAUUGAAUGGCUGUGGUCCGCAGCAGACGUUGUUUGCCAUAUUCACAAGGGCUCACCACUGGGCCCUAUCUUGACCCAGUUAAAUCCAAUCCACACCUUAUAUCUUUAAGAUCGGUUUUAAUAUUAUCCUCACACCUACACAUAGAUUUUGUAAGUAGUCUCUUUCCUUCAGCCUUCCAAUUGAAAUCCUGUGUGAAAUUCUCAUCUCUGUCAUGCUUGCUGCACGUUCCGUCCUUCUUACACCUUGAUUUGAAGACCCUACUAAUAUCUGGUAAAGAAUCCACAAAUUGUAAAGGUCCUCAUUAUACAGUCAUUUUAAAAAGUGAAGUCACCUUCUGUUUAAGCAUUAAUGUGAAGUUAUGUGAUAAGGUAAAAUGUACAUAUUGUCGCAUGUAGAGCCGUUGCUAAGCAACAACCGCGAAAGAAACAUGUUUGCACGGCCAGAACUGAUUGGCGGCAAGCUUCCAGUCAUAAAGUAACUUUGACUUUUCUGACAGUGAGUUAGUCAGUUACUUGAGACUUGCAUAGCUGAGGAAGAGGGACAGUUCGGAGAUCCAGAGGAAGGUGAACAUCCGCUGUUGGAAGCCGUUACCAGACAACG